AUGAAUGUUAGUGAGAAGGAUAAAUUGGCUGAGCAAAAUUUAGAAACGUUAGAUGUAACUAAAUUAACACCAUUAAGUGAAGAUGUAAUAAGCAGACAAGCUACAAUAAAUUUAGGCACAAUUGGACAUGUGGCUCAUGGAAAAUCAACCUUAGUGCAUGCUAUUUCUGGCGUACAUACUGUUAGGUUUAAACAUGAAAAAGAAAGAAAUAUUACUAUAAAAUUAGGUUAUGCAAAUGCUAAAAUAUAUAAAUGCACAAACCCAGAAUGUGAACCACCUGAAUGUUAUAAAUCUUAUGAAAGUAGUAAAGAAGACGAUCCUAUGUGUCCACGAGAAAACUGUAAACAUAAAAUGAAACUAUUAAGGCAUGUUUCUUUUGUCGAUUGUCCAGGCCAUGAUAUUUUAAUGGCUACUAUGUUAAAUGGUGCUGCAGUUAUGGAUGCGGCUCUUUUACUUGUUGCUGGUAAUGAAUCUUGCCCACAGCCACAAACAUCAGAACAUUUAGCUGCUGUUGAAAUUAUGAGAUUAAAACAUAUUUUAAUUUUACAAAAUAAAGUAGAAUUAAUUAAAGAAGAACAAGCAUUAAAACAACAGAAAGAAAUAAGAAAUUUUGUUUCAGGUACUGCUGCUGAUAGGGCACCUAUUAUUCCUAUCAGUGCAGUUUUAAAAUAUAAUAUCGAUGUAGUAUGUGAAUACAUAGUUACACAAAUAAGCAUACCGAAAAGAGAUUUUAUAUCGUCCCCUCAUAUGAUUGUUAUUAGAUCUUUUGAUGUUAAUAAACCUGGAGAAGAUAUUGAAACAUUACAAGGAGGAGUAGCAGGUGGUAGUAUUUUACAUGGUGUUUUAAAAGUAGGUGAUAAAAUUGAAAUACGACCUGGUAUUAUAUCAAAAGAUGAAAAAGGAGAAAUUACUUGUAGACCUAUCAUUUCACAAAUACUGUCUAUGUUUGCAGAAAAUAAUAAUUUAAAAUAUGCUGUACCUGGUGGUUUAAUAGGUGUUGGCACACGAAUUGACCCAAUUUUGACAAGAGCGGAUCGAUUAGUUGGUCAGGUAAUUGGUCAUUUAAAUAAAUUACCAGACUGUUUUGCAGAAAUUGAAAUUUCUUAUUAUUUAUUGAGAAGAUUAUUAGGUGUGAAAUCUCAAGAUGGGGAAAAAAAUACCAAAGUUGCUAAAUUAAAAAAUGGAGAAUUUUUAAUGAUCAAUAUUGGAUCGACAUCUAUUGGAUGUAGAGUCACAGGUAUCAAAAGUGAGCUAGCCAAAUUGGAAUUAACGGGACCUGUAUGCACAAAAAUUGGAGAUAAAAUAGCAUUAAGUAGAAGAGUGGACAAGCAUUGGCGUCUAAUUGGAUGGGGCCAAAUUAAUAAGGGAAAACCCUUGGAGCUGCAAGAGCCAAUUUAA